GGGGCAGCCCGUGUGGGACACGCCGGGCUCUGCUGGGGUGUCCCCAUCCCCUGCGUUUUGGGGGUGUCCUGCCCGCCCCACAGUGCAGGAGCAGGCUCCUGGACACGCGUGCCAUGCCACAGCCACGGGGCAAGCGCUGGAAAGCGAAACGUUGCCUAUUGCUUUAAGUUCCCUCGCUGGCCACGGGUGCUUUUUUAUUUUUUUCUCUUGCGCUAUGAAUGGGUUUUGCUGUAAAUUAUAGCUUUGCGCACGUUCCCUCGGGCCAAGGAAAAUAACCUCUGCCGAAAAGCCAGCCCGGAUCGCUGACUGGCUCCCCCUCUCCGCUCCCUAAUUGAAACCAAAUGUGCAAGAUGUAGGAUUGUGGGAUUUCUGGCCGGCUCCCAGGAAUCCACAGAAUGCGAGCGGGCUCCCAGAGGCAUCUUGCAUCAGCCCGGGGAAGUUCUCUCCUCACCUGGCUCCCCCGGCCCGGGCGAGGGGCGAGGAGCCCGCCCGCCCUGGUCUCACUCCUGCUGACUGCCGACAUGCCAGCCACCCCCAGACCAGCCCUGCUGUCACUGCUGCCACUGCUGUCACUGCUGCACAUCCCACAUGCUGCCAGAGCCCAGGUCAACCCCGCGGUGUGCCGGUACCCCUUGGGAAUGUCGGGUGGGCACAUCCCCGACGAGGACAUCUCCGCCUCCAGCCACUGGUCUGACUCCACAGCCGCCAAGUACGGACGGCUGGACUUGGAGGGUGGCGAUGGAGCCUGGUGCCCCAAGACCCCCGUGGCACCAAAUGACCUGAAGGAGUUCCUGCAGAUUGACCUGCACGCCCUGCACUUCAUCACGCUGGUGGGCACCCAGGGGCGCCACGCCAAGGGCCACGGCAAUGAGUUUGCCCCCAUGUAUAAAAUCAGCUACAGCCGGGAUGGCACCCGCUGGAUCUCCUGGAGGAACCGGCACGGGAAGCAGGUGCUGGAUGGAAACACCAACACCUACGACAUCGUCCUCAAGGACCUGGAGCCGCCCCUCAUCGCCCGCUUUGUCCGCUUCAUCCCGGUCACUGACCACUCCAUGAAUGUGUGCCUGCGCGUGGAGCUCUACGGCUGUGUCUGGUUGGAUGGGCUGGUGUCCUACAACGCGCCAGUCGGGCAGCAGCUCGUCCUUCCCGGGGGCACCAUCAUCUACCUGAACGACUCAGUGUAUGACGGGGCCUUUGGCUACAGCAUGACAGAGGGCCUGGGCCAGCUGACAGACGGGGUGUCGGGGCUGGAUGACUUCACUCAGACCCACGAGUACCACGUCUGGCCGGGCUAUGACUACGUGGGCUGGCGCAACGAGAGCACGGCCAGCGGCUACGUGGAGAUCACCUUCGAGUUUGACCGCAUCAGGAACUUCACCGCCAUGAAGGUCCACUGCAACAACAUGUUCGCCAAAGGCGUGAAGAUCUUCAAGGAGGUGCAGUGCUACUUCCGCGCCGACGCCGGCGAGUGGGAGCCCGGUGCUGUCUCCUCGGUGCUGGUGCUGGAUGAUGUGAACCCCAGCGCCCGUUUUGUCACCGUGCCCCUGCUGCACCGCAUGGCCAGUGCCAUCAAGUGCCAGUACUACUUCGCUGACACCUGGAUGAUGUUCAGUGAGAUCACCUUCCAGUCAGAUGCAGCCAUGUACAACAACUCGGUGCCCCCCGCCGAGGCACCCGUGGUCCCCACCACUUACGACCCCACCCUCAAGGUAGACGACAGCAACACACGCAUCCUGAUCGGGUGCCUGGUGGCCAUCAUCUUCAUCCUGGUGGCCAUCAUUGUCAUCAUACUGUGGCGGCAGUUCUGGCAGAAGAUGCUGGAGAAGGCAUCACGGAGGAUGCUGGACGAUGAAAUGACCGUCAGCCUCUCCCUGCCCAGCGAGUCCAGCAUGUUCAACCACAACCGCUCCUCCUCCCCCAGCGAGCAGGAGUCCAGCUCCACUUAUGACCGCAUCUUCCCCCUGGGACCCGACUACCAGGAGCCCUCCCGCCUGAUCCGCAAGCUACCCGAGUUCACCUCGGGGGAGGAGGACGCAGGCUGCAGUGGCCCUGCCAAGUCCCAGGCCAGCGUCCCCGAGGGUGUGCCACACUAUGCCGAGGCCGACAUCGUCAACCUGCAGGGCGUGACGGGCGGCAACACCUACUCGGUGCCGGCCCUCACCAUGGACCUGCUCUCCGGCAAGGACGUGGCUGUCGAGGAGUUCCCCAGGAAGCUGCUGACCUUCAAGGAGAAGCUGGGGGAAGGCCAGUUUGGGGAGGUUCACCUCUGUGAAGUGGAGGGCAUGGAGAAGUUCACAGGGAAGGACUUUGCCCUGGAAGGCUUGGACGGCAGCUCCGACCACCCCGUGCUGGUGGCUGUGAAGAUGCUGCGGGCAGAUGCCAACAAGAAUGCCAGGAAUGAUUUUCUGAAGGAAAUCAAGAUCAUGUCGCGGCUGAAGGACCCCAACAUCAUCCGGCUGCUGGCGGUGUGCAUCACGGACGACCCCCUGUGCAUGAUCACCGAGUACAUGGAGAAUGGGGACCUCAACCAGUUCCUGUCCCGCCAGCAGGCAGGCGGCCCCGCUGCUGGCCACGCACCCUCCGUCAGUGACCUGCGGUUCAUGGCCACCCAGAUCGCCUCGGGCAUGAAGUACCUCUCCUCCCUCAACUUCGUGCACCGGGACCUGGCCACGCGCAACUGCCUGGUGGGGAAGCACUACACCAUCAAGAUUGCCGACUUUGGGAUGAGCAGGAACCUCUACAGCGGGGACUACUACCGCAUCCAGGGCCGGGCGGUGCUCCCCAUCCGCUGGAUGUCCUGGGAGAGCAUCCUGCUGGGCAAGUUCACCACGGCCAGCGACGUGUGGGCGUUCGGAGUGACGCUGUGGGAGACCUUCACCCUCUGCCGGGAGCAGCCCUACUCCCACAUGUCUGACGAGCAGGUCAUCGAAAACACCGGAGAGUUCUUCCGCGACCAGGGCCGGCAGACCUACCUUCCCCAGCCCGUGCUGUGCCCGGACUCAGUCUAUAAGCUAAUGCUCAGCUGCUGGAGACGGGACACCAAGGACCGUCCAUCCUUCCAGGACAUCCAUCGCCUUCUCCAGGACUCAGCCAGAGAGGAAUGACCCUUGGAUCCCACCUGUCCUGGUCCCCAUCCUUCCCUGUCCCCGGAGGAGCCCCGUAUGCAAACAGAAGCCACUUCAGUCGGACUUAGCCAUACACCCCGAGCAGCUGCCCGUGUUCUCUGCAGUGAGGCCUCAGAGGAGACCCCAAGGACAAACUCCAUGGCAUGGGACAGCUCAGACCUCCUGCUUCCCCACAGACCUGAGCCCAGGAGCAGCACAGGCUUGGGGGAGAGUUAUUUAUUGAAGCAGCGUGUUCUGGUGACAAGGACUGGGACAGAGCGGCUUCUCCUCCCUGGCUGGAGGGGAUGAGCAUCAGCUGGACCUUCUCAGUGAGGAAGCUCGGCCCACAGGCAGGGCAGGCACCAGGGGAAGGGCUGUGUGCCCUGCCACAAGGAGCCAACACCUGCCUCAGGAGGAGCUGGGAGUUCCACUGCAUUUCAGUGGGCUAUGCAUGGGUGAAAACAGACUCCACAGACAUUUGGGGCGUUGGACAUGCCACAUGGAGAGACAGGAACUGCCCUCCCUGCUGGCCAGCCCCAGCUGCUCAGGGAGAAGCCUGAGGGCUCUCCCAGCACCUCACCCAGCUGCUGGAGUGUGCAGCCAGGGAGGAGUGGGCAUCCUGUGCCCAGGGGACAUUCCCUCACAGACCACAGCCACUCCAGGGCAGCUCUACUGCCUGUGAAAUGCAUUUUGGAUGCCCCAUGGGUGGCAGGAUGCAGCAGGAUGCUAGCACCUUUUACUUCCAUGGGGAAAUCUCCAGGUCCUUCUCCCCCGGGGUUACCCCACCUCUUCAUCUGCCAGGAGAGGAAAGCACAAAGCAGAGUUUCACUGGCAGCUGCCUGAUGCCCAUGCCUGCACCAACCCUACGGGCAUGGAGCAGGGCACUGCAACUCUCCCUGGCCCUCAGCCUGGGAUCACAAUCCAGCUGCAGUGCCUGAGCUGGGCUCUGCCACCCUGAGCAUCCCCCAGCAUCCAGCACCCGUCCAUCCUCCUUCCUGAAGCUGGCAGCACCCUGAGUGAGCUGGUGCCAAAGCCGCGUGCCCUGGCAGGUUAUACCCACCAAACUCGGACCCUCCUGAGGCUGGACAGGAGGAACUGUGGACUCGGGGGGUCCAGGACCCUCCUCACUUUUGUACAUAUUAGUUCAGCACGGUUCCCAGUACCCCCUGGCUAAGGCAUGUGUAUAUUCAGUAGAUGCACCUGUGUAGGGGCAAACCCGCUGAAGAGACACUCGGUACGUGA